AGUCGCCGUUACUCCGCCCGUCCUUAUCCGUCUAUAUAUUCCCAAACCCCCGGGGCAUCUCUCUCGAUUCCCUUCUCCCAAACCCCAAACCUAAAUUCGAUGGAUUACGAGCCCUCCUCCCCCUCCUCGCCGUCGUCUCUCAAGCAGAAGCUCCGGACCUCGAUCUGCUUCUCCUGCUGCUUCCGCGGCGCGGCAGGCGAGGACCCGGUUUCCGGCGCCGCCGACGAGGAGCGGCCGCUGUCGCUGAUCCGGACGUCGUCGGUGUGGCUCCGUUCCAAGGCGCAGGAGCUACCGGAGAUCAAGAACCGGUGCCGGGGCAUCAUCUCGCGGAUGGGGCCGCAGCGUCGACACUCCGGGGACUUCAGGUACGACCCCCUCAGCUACGCGCUCAACUUCGACGAGGGGUUCGAGGACGACGCGCUCGCCGACGAGGAGUUCCGGUCCCGGAACUUCUCCUCCCGCCUCCCGGCGUCCUCCCCGCCGCCCAGCGCCGUCGGAAUCGCGUGCUAGGAUUCUCCGCCGCGUUUCUUUUCUUUAUCCAACUCCUCGAUCCGACCGUGUGUUGUGCGUAAAUAUCCGUGCUCCCAGAUCUGGCUUUAAUUUGUAAACUUUUCCAAAUCUUUGAGCCUCUUUAGCUUUCAAACAAGUCUCUCUAGUCUGCUCUUUUUUCUGCCCGUGGUUUUAUUAAUUCUGGGUUCUGCCAACGUGCGCCGCAGAGGGUUGGGUGUUCGUCCGCCUGCCAUGGACGGGCAGAUCCUGGAGCUGUACAAUUUUUGUUGUAUAUCUUAUCAUUCAAUCAAUCAAAAAAGUUUGCUACGUGAGAAGGAAUCUAUGAAUUAAAGAAGAAGAGGAAUUUAUUUAAUAUUGAGUACACUGGGGGACCAGCCCAUCUAUUAUUUUUUUUUCGGUGACAGCAGGAUCUCCCAUGUGCAAUGAUUGUAAUGCCGUUUGGAGAGCUUUUAGAGAGCUUUUUGGUCCUCUAAAAAUAUUUUUGGAUAAAAAAUAAUAUUUGAUAAAAAUUUUGAAAAAUUAUUUUAAUUUUUUUAAAAAGCUAAAAACAGUAUUUUAGGAGAAACUUCCGAAAAAAUUAUUUUAAAUUUUAUCGAAAAAUUAUUUUUUUAUCAAAAUACUCAAGGAGAGCAAUAUUUUUAGAAUUUAACAUAUUUUCUUGUCCAUUUUAAUUUUUCUCCUCAAUUUCUCUUUUUAUUCGGAAUUCAAAUCCAUAUUCAAGUGAAUUAUGCAUUCACAUGAGACAUAUUAGGUGUGGAUUAUGUCCAAG